UUAUAUCUAAUUUAUUUUAAUGUUUGUGUUAAAUAUUAAAUGGUUGGGAUGAUAUAAUCAAGUUGUAAAAAAAUGGCAAUAAUACUGAUUUUCAAUGAAAAUAUAAAUUGUUUUGAAUAUCCUAUAAUGUUUAGCAGAGAUUAUAGCUGAAAAUGCACCUAUUUAUUCACUUAUUUAUUUAUUUAAAACAGCUUUCGAAAAAUGCACUUGUUUAUUCAUGUUAAAAAAACAGCUUUUUAAAUUAUAGAAACCCAUCGAUUCUGUAGAAUUAGACACAUGCAUGCAUGACAGCAUAGUCCCACUCCACAGGUAACUACGUGGGAAGCUCACUUCACCUGAAACCAAACAAAGUCAUCCACAAAACUUCCAUCCCAUCAUUUCAUGUCUGUUCUUUUACUCUCUAUAUAUACGAUUCCACUUAAACACGGACUCUAUAACUCUGUCCUCGAUCUAAUUAAGCACAUUUCAAAACACACACCCCUCUCAUAGGUAUUAAACACGUUUGUAUUAGUUACAUGGAAAACAAAAAUGUUGGUCAACUAGAACAAUUCUCUGUUGACCAAGUGUCUUAUAGAGGCGUUCGCCAGAGGAAGUGGGGAAAAUGGGUGUCGGAAAUCCGAGAACCCGGUAAGAAAACCCGUAUUUGGCUCGGAAGCUACGAGACGGCCGAAAUGGCCGCAGCUGCUUACGACGUUGCGGCUAUUCACCUCCGAGGACGUGGGACACAUGUCAACUUUCCGGAGCUUGCUGACAGUUUUCCUCAGCCGCAAAGCUCAAGUUCCGAGCACAUUCAAGCUGCUGCUCAGGAGGCAGCACUGCUGUUUAAACCGGGCGUGUCGUCUACUGAAGCAGAUCUCGGGUCGGGUCAGGGACAUUCUCGGGUCGGAUUGUCUCCGGAUCAGAUUCAGGCGAUUAAUGAAUUUCCAUUGGACUCGCCGAGGAGGGGGUGGAUGCAGGAUUUGGAAGUGGAUGAUUAUGAAGAGUUGUACGGACGAAUUUUUGGUCAAUGCGAUAGAGAUGAGUAUUUUGAAAUGCAGCAGCUUCAAUCCAUAUGGGAUCUUAACUGCUUUUGAUAUACAUAAUUGCUUAAACAUUUAAUUCUUAUUAUGAGGCUACCAACCAUUUAAGGUUUUGACUUAACUAAUUAUUUAUUCAGUGACGUAUAAUAAACUUGGAGCCCCGAAGUAUUUUUCUUGGGUUUAAUUUGGAAUAUUCUAAGUUCUAACAUUGAAGACAUCGUAUUUUCUUACACCAAAAAAAAAUAAAAAUCGUGUAUAUAUAUAUAUAUAUAUAUAUAUAUAUAUAUAAUCAACCAAAAAAAGAAACAGAAAUUCAAGUGUUAAUUACAAGGUUGGUUUGAAUAAAAUUUUCUAAUUCAAAAAUUACAAUACUAGCUUCGUUUGCCCACUAUAUGUUUCGCUAGAGCGCUCUGAAAUUGUUAAAGUAUCAUUAAAUGUUUUCUGUCUUCGAUGAUAACCACUUAAAAAGUGAGGUUUAACUCAUUGCUUCGGAUGCCGGUUCUUUUGGAAUCAUUGCCGGAGUAGCUAGUCUUAAAUGAUCGCUUCAAGCUUACUUUCUUCAUGACAUUACAAACCCCGAAUGGAAGAGAGGCUGUGAUGAUACAUAUGGCCUCGGGAACCAGCAGGU